GGGCCUCAAAUCCGCAAGAGUUCCAGCAGGCCAGAUCAUGAAACAUCUAUGGAAGAAGUGGACUACAACGAUGUAAUGAUUAGUUUUGAUGUCCCACCACAGUUGUCGGAAUCUUCUAUUGAAGAUGAAACUGUAAGACAGUAUGACGAUAUGCCAAUGGUCACAAUGUACGAAGUAAUAGAAGAAGGGUCACAGAAAGGAAAGAAAAAAUUGGCGGACAGCAAAGGCUAUACAUAA